CGAGACGGUGAGCAGUUUGAACCGCGCCGAGGCGGAAAUAUUGAAACUGUUUAUAGACAACGUGAAAUUAAACCGCUCCGUUUACAAACACGGUGUUUCUGUGCCGGAGCCGGGCCUAAAGCGUGGGAACGGUAGCCUUUUCUGACUGUUUUCGGACUCUGCGUGCGUGAAGCCGGCUGUCGCGCAAAGUGAAGCGGCUCCCUCCUCCUGAGCUAACCGCUAACUAGCCACCGAGCUAACGUUCCAGCUAGCCGCUGCUAAUCCCCAACACAAAGGACGACUUUGCCGGUGUUUGCCGUAUCGAUCCCGAAUCGCUCCGUUGAAUGAGGACGGAUCCUCCUAGACAGGUUCGUCAUGGUGCUGACAGGGAAGCGCUCGGAGAAGGGUCCCGCCUGCUGGAAGAGGAGGGUGAAGUCCGAGUACAUGAGGCUCCGGCAGCUGAAGCGCUUCAGACGGGCCGACGAGGUCAAGAGCAUGUUCAACACCAACCGUCAGAAAAUCAUGGAGCGAACUGACAUUUUGAACCAGGAGUGGAAGACCAGGCGAAUCCAGCCCGUCCACAUCAUGACGUCUGUCAGCUCCUUGAGAGGAACCCGAGAGUGCACCGUGGACAGCGGCUUCUCCGAGUUCCCCAGGCAGGUCAUCCCCCUGAAGACUCUGAACGCCGUGGCCUCGGUCCCCGUCAUGUACUCGUGGUCGCCGCUGCAGCAGAACUUCAUGGUGGAGGAUGAGACGGUGCUUCACAACAUUCCCUACAUGGGAGACGAGAUCCUGGACCAGGACGGUACUUUCAUAGAAGAGCUCAUCAAGAACUACGACGGCAAAGUCCACGGAGACCGAGAGUGCGGCUUCAUCAACGACGAGAUCUUCGUGGAGCUGGUCAGCGCUCUGGCACAGUACAGCGACAACGAGGAUGACGAGGAGGAGGAAGAGCAGGACUUCAAGGUGGACAAGAUGGACAUGUGUGACGGCAAGGACCAUCCGGAGGACAGCCGCAAGGACGGGCUGGUCAACAGCGACGGCCGAAGCAACAACGACGCCAGCAAGAAGUUUCCGUCCGACAAGAUUUUCGAAGCCAUCUCCUCCAUGUUCCCCGACAAGGGCUCCACCGAGGAGCUCAAAGAGAAGUACAAGGAGUUGACGGAGCAGCAGCUUCCCGGUGCGCUGCCGCCCGAGUGCACGCCGAACAUCGACGGCCCGAACGCUCGCUCGGUGCAGCGCGAGCAGAGUCUGCACUCCUUCCACACUCUGUUCUGCAGGCGCUGCUUCAAAUACGACUGCUUCCUCCACCCUUUCCAUGCAACUCCAAACACCUAUAAGCGCAAGAACCUGGAGAACCUGGUGGACAGUAAACCCUGCGGCAUCGACUGCUACAUGUACCUGGUGCAGGACGGGAUGGUGAGGGAGUAUCCCGCCGGCGUGGUUGCCGAGCGCGCUAAGACGCCCUCCAAACGCACGGUGGGCCGUCGCCGCGGGCGACUGCCCAACAGCAGCAGCCGGCCCAGCACCCCCACCGUUUCCUCGGAAACCAAAGACACAGACAGCGACCGCGAGGGCAGCAAAGAGGACGAGCGGGACAACGACAAGGACGACGAGGACAAGAAGGACGAGACGACCAGCAGCUCAGAGGGCAACUCUCGGUGUCAGACUCCGGUGAAGAUGAAGCUGACCGGCGAGGCCGAGGCGGUGGACUGGAGCGGCGCCGAAGCUUCUCUCUUCAGGGUUCUCAUCGGGACGUACUACGACAACUACUGCGCCAUCGCAAGACUCAUCGGCACCAAGACCUGCAGACAGGUUUACGAGUUCAGGGUGAAGGAGUCGAGCAUCAUCGCUCGGGCGCCGGCUGAGGACGAGGACACGCCGCCCAGAAAGAAGAAGAGGAAACACAGGCUGUGGGCCACUCACUGCAGGAAGAUCCAGCUAAAGAAAGAUGGCUCAUCCAAUCACGUCUACAACUACCAGCCAUGUGACCACCCGCGGCAGCCGUGCGACUCCUCGUGUCCCUGCGUCACGGCGCAGAACUUCUGCGAGAAGUUCUGCCAGUGCAGCUCCGAGUGUCAGAACCGUUUUCCAGGUUGCCGGUGCAAAGCCCAGUGCAACACCAAACAGUGUCCCUGCUACCUGGCGGUCCGUGAGUGCGACCCGGACCUCUGCCUGACCUGCGGCGCUGCGGACCACUGGGACAGCAAGAACGUGUCCUGCAAGAACUGCUCCAUCCAGAGAGGAGCCAAGAAGCACCUGCUGCUGGCGCCGUCCGAUGUGGCCGGCUGGGGCAUCUUCAUCAAAGAGCCGGUCCAGAAGAACGAGUUCAUCUCCGAGUACUGUGGAGAGAUCAUCUCGCAGGACGAAGCCGACCGCAGAGGGAAGGUCUACGACAAGUACAUGUGCAGCUUCCUCUUCAACCUCAACAACGACUUUGUGGUGGACGCCACGAGGAAGGGCAACAAGAUCCGCUUCGCCAACCACUCCGUCAACCCCAACUGCUAUGCAAAAGUGAUGAUGGUGAACGGCGACCACAGGAUAGGGAUCUUCGCCAAGAGAGCCAUCCAGACCGGAGAGGAGCUCUUCUUCGACUACAGGUACAGCCAGGCUGACGCUCUGAAGUACGUGGGGAUCGAGCGGGAGAUGGAGAUCGCCUGAUCCGGACUUCUACCUCCUGCUGACCGACGACACAAAGGCCUUACACACAAACACACCCUCACUUCAGGAAAUCCAGACGACUUGUCGAAAACGCUAGAAAGCUUCAGGAAAACUGGGAAUAUUUGAGUUUUUUGUCGCCUUUUUUUGAUACCUUUCAUAUCUGUUUUUUAAUUUUUCUUUCUCCUCUGUCGGGAUUCAUAAACCUUCCCUUGUGCUGAAGGUGCAGAUCACCUACAAACUGACUUCUGUGUGUGUUUUGUUGUUGUUGUUUUUUUUUUUUUUUUAAAGUCUCUCCACGUGAAGUGUUCUGCAGCGAGAGGAGUCAAACCCGUCUGUCGUAAAACCGGCGUCUCACUUCGAAGCUUCAGGGACCAACAAUCCUCCACCAGCUGCUCUCAGACGGACCGUUUGCGCUCCUCCUCCGCUGCCGCUCGGUCGUCGCGUUGUGUGUUUUCUACAGUGUGAUCUGAACCCGACACACCCUCCUCAGAGUGCCACAUCACUGUCUGUCUGUACGACACGAGGGCGUCCACGAGGCAGCGGCGCCACGGCGGCGGCAGCAACAGCCUCCAGCUUCCAGCGCCUUGAUCUGGAUUUAAUCUGGAUUAAACACACAAAAGAAAAGUG